AUGGCUAAAUAUGUUUUUCUAUUUAAGAACCAUUUAGAAACUUGUGAAUAUCAAGAGGUAAAAUGCCUCAAUGAACAGUGUUCUACUUCUCUUUUGCGUAAAGAGCUCAGAGAUCACAUGGAAACAAAAUGCAUUUAUCGUUUGGUUACGUGUCAAUAUUGCAAUCAAAAGAUUCGUUUUUGUGAGAAACAAACUCACUUGGAAACUUGCGAAUCUCUACCACUUUAUUGUGUAAAUCAAUGUGGCAUGAAAAUUCUGCGUAAAGAGAUGUCAACCCAUAUCACUGAUAGUUGCGCUAAUACAGUUAUUCCUUGCCAAUACUUUUACAUUGGAUGCAAUUUCAAGGAAAUGAGAAACCAAAACCACGUUUUAACAACAAAAAAAAUGGAAGAACUUGAAAAUAAAACUUUGUUAAUUGAGAAAGAAAUGAAAACAAAAAUGGCCAUUCCCAAGGAUGAAAAGUUGUGCCCUUUCGAACCUGUUUGACACAGAACUCUUGGCAGCCAUUGCAACCGAGGUAAUGGUGGGAAAGAGUUGCAGCAGCUUUAUUUUAUAAGAAAACGUGAACAAAAGUGUAUGCAAAUAUCUAACGUACGUAAACUUCAAAUUAUGUAAUGUUAAAACAGACUAAAACAUGUGUUAA